AGAAGAAGCAGAAGAGGAAGAGGAGCAGCAGCUUAAUAUUGUUGCGACAAACAUUGAACGAUAAAAGUGGACAAAAGACGGCGAAGACGUUUUCUCGCCAGUCAGGGUUGACUUAUAUGUGCUGAGAUACCGGUUCACCUCUUGUUUUAUUGACUAUUCGUUUGUGGCAGACGAAGCAACUGCUAUCUAGUGUCAAGACAUAUUUAAGGGAUCGGACUAAACUAAAGAGAAAUGUCCAUUAAACUCUCGUCAUGUUUAACAGUUGAUUAGCUGACGUUGGAAAGCGCUGAUCGUGUUGACAUUUCACAACGGAUAGUUUGUUUUGAACGGACUGUGUUGGAGAAAAUGGGUGCAAUUCUUACUCGAAGAAUGGCCGGUGUUGAGGAUAUUGACAUCCAGGCCAAUUCUGCUUACAGAUAUCCUCCCAAAUCAGGAAACUAUUUUGCCAGCCAUUUUUUCAUGGGAGGAGAGAAGUUUGACACUCCUCAUCCAGAGGGUUACCUCUUUGGGGAGAACAUGGAUCUUAACUUUCUUGGCAACCGCCCAGUGCAGUUUCCUUACGUUACCCCAGCACCCCAUGAGCCAGUCAAGACAUUGAGAAGUCUUGUCAACAUCAGAAAAGACUCGUUGCGAUUGGUCAGGUAUAAAGAUGAUGCUGAUACUCCUACUGAUGAAGGAGCCAAACCAAAAGCCUUGUAUGGAGUGGAGUUCACCUUUGAUUCAGAUGCUCGAGUGGCCAUCACCAUCUACUGUCAGGCUUUUGAGGAGUUCUCUAAUGGGAUGGCAAUAUACAGCCCAAAAAGCCCAGUGUUGGUCUCUGAGACGGUAUAUUACAAAAAAGGUGUUAGCCAGCAGUUUACCCUGCCAUCCUUCAAGAUUGAUUUCUCUGAAUGGAAGGAAGAAGACCUCAACUUUGAUUUGGACAGAGGUGUUUUUCCUGUGGUGAUUCAGGCUGUAGUUGAUGAAGGAGAUGAUUGUUUGAGACAUGCACAUGUACUGCUGGCAGCAUUUGAAAGACAUGUUGAUGGCAGUUUUUCGGUGAAGCCUUUGAAGCAGAAACAAAUAGUGGACCGUGUUAGCUACUUGUUACAGGAGAUUUAUGGAAUUGAGAAUAAGAACAAUCAAGAGACAAAGCCAUCUGAUGAUGAGAACAGUGACAACAGCAAUGAGUGUGUAGUGUGUCUGUCGGAUCUACGGGACACUCUGAUUUUACCCUGUAGGCACCUGUGUCUGUGUAACUCUUGUGCUGAUACUCUACGCUACCAGGCCAACAAUUGCCCGAUCUGCCGACUGCCAUUUCAAGCCCUUCUUCAGAUCCGAGCUGUAAGAAGGAAGCCUGGAGCACUUUCACCCGUUUCCUUCAGUCCAGUGCUGGCUCAGAGCAUGGACCAUGAUGAGCAUUCUAGCUCGGACUCAGUUCCUCCCGGCUAUGAGCCCAUCUCCCUUCUGGAGGCUUUGAAUGGGCUUGGUGCCGUGUCCCCUGGCAUUCCAUCUGCACCUCUUUAUGAUGAGAUCAACUUCUCUGGGAGCCUGAGUGGAGAGAGCCGGCAGCUCAGUUCACCUGAGCACUCUGGAGACAGUGGCGGACAGAAGAGCAAAGUCAGCAAGUCACCAGACAGCACUCUGCGCUCUCCAUCAUCUCCCAUUCAGGAGGAGGAUGAAGAAAAGCUGUCGGAUUUGUCUGACGCACAAGCACACAUGCUGCUGUCCAGCAGCCCUGCCCCCACUGAGGGUACUGCUGGGGAGGAUGCCCCAGACUCACUUUCUCCUGAGGAUGAGGAUCAACUGAAUUUGGAGGAAGAGGCCAUGAAUGACUUUAGCAGUGAGCACAGCAGCUUCACCAAAACUGAAAGUGACCCACCGGGAGACAUGUCCUUGCCUGCUCUAGGUUCUGAUUCCUGCUCUAUUGGUAUGGAGGAGUAAAUGGAUUAUAUGGCUCAACAGAAAGUCUGAACACUCAGAGUACAUGCUGCUCCAGUCAGCCACUCUUGGGUCCCUCAAGCCAUUUGCACAUGGAGGAUGAAGAACUGGAUGAUUAACCAUGCAGGCCCUACUCCUUCUCUGAAGCCUUGUAAACAGCCCAACAUUAACCUCCUUUUAAUGUCCCUUCAUUUGUGUAAUGCACUCGCAUUCCAAGACCCAAUUUGUUCUAAUUCCAGUCCUUUUAUUUUUACUUUGGCUUUUGAGUUUUGUUCUGGCGAUCUGUUGUAUUGCUAGGCCUUUCUUGUGAUUGAAUUUAGGGCUCCAUUUCAUCAAGUUGGCUACUCAAAUCAAAUAUGUUCCACAUGGCAACAUAUAUUGUUCUUUUUGUUCUUUUUGGAUCUGAACAGUCCCGUGGUCAGCAUGGAACCACGCUUCCGUUAUAUGGAAAAUAUGUUUCUUUAAAAGGAAGUUUGUGCUCCACGGAAAGAAUGCCAUCGGACUGUUUAAAAAACAAAAAGUAAAUAAUGACAAUUUUCAUUUUUGGAUGAAAUAUUAAAAUGAGAUUGCAGAAAUGGGUUGGGGCAGGUCUAAUUCCUGUUGAUUUUUGUAUAAAUGUGAGGUGAAUUUUAACAGUGAUUUGUUUUGGAGGUUGAGAGAGAAGGUCACCUCAAUUACAUAAUUAUUACAUAAUGCUGAAUAUAGAGCUUUGAGUAUAUUAAAAUACUAAGUGAUAAAGCUUAACUAACCUGUUAAGGGUAAUAGUCAAAGCACAUUUUAAUGAAGUCUCACGGUUACACCAUUUUGUGUAAACUCAACAAUUGAUCAUGCGUUAAACGAAUGAGCAAAUAAUAUAAAAACGUAAUAGUUACGGUGCAUUUGAAAUGUUUUGUAAUUAAGUGCUUAAGUGUCCUUUUGUGUAUUGACUGAAUAUGAAGAGAGUCAGAGAAGCAUCUUUCAUUUUUUAUUAAUUAAUUGAGAUGUAAUAUUUAUAGUGAUCAAAUACUGUUGUACCAGGAAAUAGAUGACUUAAUCUCAGUUUUAUGACCAAAUAUUAGUGCUUUAAACAUGCUUGCCUGUCCAGCUAUUUAUGCUCUUUAAUAUUUUGAGGACUGAAAAAGCCAUGGUGGACACUAUUUACCUCUUUUUUGCUUAUAUUGUUAUCUAAACUUUCAAUGCUUCAACAUACAAAGGCAUUAUUUUCAUGACUCUGUUUGGAUGUUAUUCAAUAACUUAAGUGUGAAUAUGUGAAUAUAUGACAGGCUGGUGUUUCCUUACAAAGAAUGGCUCAAUUGUACCUCUGUUGGUUGGAUGAGUCAUAAGACCCAUGACAUUUCAUUGUUCUCCUCACACAUGCAGACAUGCUGUGUCUUGUGGCACUAUGCAUACAGGUAUAUGUGCCUUUUAAAUAACAAAGCAAGUAUUGCUAUAGCUUGUGCCCAUAGCUGUGCUUUUCUCGUGUAAAUCAUCUGUUCAUCUUUAAAUCUGUAACCGGACCACGUUGAAGCAUUAGAUGUGAGACCUAUGUUCUUAUCUGUAACGUUUAAUUGAAGAGCAAAUAAUUUAAGCUGAUAUUAAAUAUUCAAUAUUGCUUAUACUAAACAUUAAUGCAAAUAAACUUUUUUGAACUGCUGUGAUCAUUUAACAUCAUCUUAGUAAAACAUUCAAUUAUCUUUUGUUAUAUCAAUAUUAUAUCUCUUUGUACUGAUAGGCUGCUCUGUAAAUGUAUUUAAACAAAUGUAAAAUCAAUAUUCUGUACUGAUGUUAAUGGUGUUGAAUUAAUUACUUUGCAAAGCUCUGCAUGUUAACAUUUAUGUAAGAAGAUUUAUCACAUCUCUGGAAUAUGCAUAUUAUAUUAUCUCCUUCAGAUAAUGUGCCAUUUCAAUGAAAUAUUCCACUAUGUCACAGUGUAUGUGUAAAAGUACACUUGAGCACUUUAGAAAAUGAGUACUCAUAAU